GCCUAAAAGUCUAAAACAUGUUCAAUUGACAUUUGUAUUAUUAUUUCACAGUAAUAAAAAUUCACACACUUGUUAUUGUCAGAAAUGUGAACAUUGCCACGGGGUUGACGCCACAAGCUAAAUCGCUGGGCUUUAUUGCUGUGUCAACGGUUCGUGACGUAAAAGAUAACGCUACGCCGUGCUACAAUUUCCUGGAGUUCAAAACAAGCAUCACAUGCAGCGACGUAUAAUGCCGUGUUUAGGAAAGUUUGAAGUGGAGUAGACCGGAUGGAGUUUUCUGGUUUAAUCAUGCGAGCUUCACCGUCAACACUCACAAGUGAAAGUGCAGAAAAGGCUGUAGGCUGUUGACGAUGCGAAUUCACGAGAGCGAACUGAAGUAAGGCAACACUACAAGUUGGAGCCAUAUGGCGUCAAUUGUGCGUGAUCAGGACUGGAGACUGCAAAUGGUCCUCUGGCUACUUGUUGUAAGAAUUACUGUCAGUGGAGGUGAUCAAACCGCGAAGGAAAAGGCAAAGACUCAACCCGUCGGUCCGACCCGCAUAACACGAGAUGGCUAUAGCUUUUCAGACCCACCAUGUGGGGCCCCUCUGUCCGACUACGAGACGUUUUGCGAGGUUUUCAUAUAUCCAAGAUGCAAGUCUUUCCCAGGAAUUCCGCAACUAAAAGACUUGUAUUGGCAAGUGAACCCGAACGAAUCACACCCUAUGAUUUACGUGAAAUGGAGCCCCCCAAUCCUUGGCUACAAUGAUCUCUGGGGAUUUCAGACACAGAUUAUAGAGCAAACAAUGACUCGGCCGGGUUAUACGAAAUGCCUCCAGAUCAACAGUAAGGCAAUGUCAUCAUACACCGCCUCCUACGAUGCUAAUUUUGCUUCGAUUUAUGAAGUGUGGCUUUACAGCAUGCCGGUUCUUUUUAACCAAACAUCUCUUUUUAUCAGAAAGCAUAUAAACAUUCCAGCACAAUGCACAAUAGAAAGAUUCCGGGGUUUACCAAAAUGCUGUGCGUUUAAUAACGUCACUACGUACAUCGACAUCGAUCAAGACCGCGACUAUAACACCUUUGUGAAUGUCUCAUGGAUCAUGACCUGUGACUAUGUCAAAAACUUCUCCAUCUACUUGGCAAGUGGAAUAGUUCAUGAUUGUCCCAGAUCAGCAAAAGUUCAGAAUUCAACUUUUUAUAUAGUAGAACUGUCAGGGGAGUGCAGAUAUAAAAAUUACACUGUCGAGAUUCAGGGAGUAUUGUCGACUGGAAUGACUACGGAGACAACCAAGUUUCUUUUAAGUCUACCACCAGUUCCUGUUUUUGUACCUACAAAAGGCGCGCCAUCAGAUGAGGAUACUAUGGACCUGGUCAUAAUAUCGGCGGUAUUUGGCCUUCUUGCCGGUCUGGCCCUUGUGGUCUUCCUGUGGAAACUCUGCUGGUACCGCACAAGGUAUAUUCCAGGAAUUCGUGAUGUAAACGACACGCAACUGAGUGGAACAACAUCUCAAGACCAAUACUCGGUGUUGCUGGUCCACGCGCCUUGCUGUAACGCCUGUAAAGAUGUUGUCUUCUAUCUGUAUGAUUACCUCAACGCCUUCGACCAGCUACGUGUUACCCUAGACAUGGUUUGUCAGCUCAAGAUACGGCAAAACCCGCUGCGCUGGUACGAGAGCCACAUCCACACCGCUGACAGGGUGAUCGUGGUGGCUUCACAAUCUAUGGCGGAGCAGGACAGCGAGGAAUGCCAGAUUGGGAAUGAACCUGAAAGUGUGAAUGACCCGGAUGCUGGUUAUUGUGGAGUGGGCAUCCGUUAUCAGUUGAGUCUAAUGCGUGGAGACAUACGAUUCAAGCCAGACUCCGCUAAGUAUAUACCGGUCUAUUUCGACUAUAACAGCAGCAAGAAAGAAGUCCCUAAAUUCCUCUCUUCCUACACUAUCUACCGACUUCCACACGGCACAACCCGACUAUUGAAUCAUUUAUUGGAUAGAAACUCUUUGCCUACAAGUCGAAUCAUACUGUUGCCACCAAAUUCGCUUGAAGAGAAAAAGAAGUCGUUCUUAGCCGCUGUGGCAGUCACAAACAACAAACACAAAACGAUGAACCAGAACCUGACAACAAAACACCAUAGUGAAACGGCAGAAUUGAAGGACGCUCUUAGUAGAUAGCACAUCGACGAAAAA